AGCGUCUGCUGGAGAGGAGGCGCGCCGCUGCCCGCCCGCUCGCCGCGUCCCCCUUGGCUGCUCGCGCCCAGCCCCCGGUUUCCCUGUCGUGCUCGGCCCCGAGGGCAUGCGGCAGCAGCAGGGGUCUCCGCUCCCGGGCUCCGCGGCGCGGGCGAGCGUGAGCGUGCCUGCACCUAGAGCUGCAGGCUUCUUAGGCAGAGAGGCCUUCGAAUACAGUGAUUUGAAGACAACAGAGGUUUAUUUUUCUCUCUUGUUAACAGUCCUGAGGAUGUUCAGUUCUUCUCCACAAUGAAUGAAUGUUACUAUGAUAAGCAGAUGGACUUUUUUUAUAAUAGGAGCAACACUGACACUGCCAAUGAGUGGACAGGAAUGAAGCUUAUAAUUGUUUUGUGUGUUGGGACAUUUUUCUGCCUGUUUAUCUUUUUUUCUAAUUCUCUGGUCAUCGCAGCAGUAAUCAAAAACAGAAAGUUUCAUUUCCCCUUCUACUACCUGUUGGCUAACCUAGCUGCUGCAGAUUUCUUUGCUGGAAUUGCCUAUGUAUACCUGAUGUUUAACACUGGCCCAGUUUCAAAAACUCUGACUGUCAACCACUGGUUUCUCCGCCAGGGGCUUCUGGACACUAGCUUAACAGCCUCCCUGACCAAUUUGUUGGUUAUUGCCGUGGAGAGGCACAUGUCAAUCAUGAGGAUGCGAGUCCACAGCAACCUGACCAAAAAGAGAGUGACUCUGCUCAUCUUGUUCGUCUGGGCCAUUGCCAUCUUUAUGGGGGCCGUCCCCACACUGGGCUGGAAUUGCCUCUGUGACAUCUCUGCCUGCUCUUCCCUGGCCCCCAUUUAUAGCAGGAGUUACCUCAUUUUCUGGACUGUGUCCAACCUCAUGGCCCUCUUCAUUAUGGUCGUGGUGUACCUGCGGAUCUACAUGUACGUAAAGAGGAAAACCAACGUCUUAUCUCCACACACAAGUGGGUCCAUCGGCCACCGGAGGACACUCAUGAAGCUAAUGAAGACGGUGAUGACUGUCCUAGGGGCCUUUGUCGUGUGCUGGACACCAGGCCUGGUGGUUCUGCUGCUUGACGGCCUGAACUGCACGUGGUGCAAUGUGCAGCAUGUGAAAAGGUGGUUCCUGCUGCUGGCGCUGCUCAACUCCGUCAUGAACCCCAUCAUCUACUCCUACAAGGAUGAGGACAUGUACAGCACCAUGAAGAGGAUGCUCUGCUGCUUCUCGCAGGAGAAGCACCCAGAUAGGCGGCUCUCGCACAUCCCCUCCGUGGUCCUCAGCCAGAGCGACACUGGGGGCAGCCAGUAUAUGGAGGAUAAUAGCAACCAAGGCCAGGUCUGCAACAAGAGCAGCUCCUAGGCUGCAGUGCCCCUCUGCCUGGCCCAGCCUCCUCUGGGAGAACUGUUCACAAUGGUUACCUGUCUCCAACGAAGCCCACGUAACAGUGUUAUUUGAGCUCUGAAUGAAUCGUUGGGAAAUUUUUAAAAAAUUGUUUUUCAUCAUUUAAAAGCAUGGGCAGGAAAGAGAGGACACGAUGCAUUUAGAGAAAAGGCACAGAAAGAGGGAAGGCAGCACGGUGGAUUCCUGCCUGACAUCCUGUGAACCCCUGGGAGCAUCGCCCAGCAAGGCCAUGCAUCCUGGGCUCUGCCACCAUCUUGUAGCCAUUCUCUUUGUGUUUCCAAAGGAUGCUGUUAAAGGGCUUAGCCCAAAAUAAAUAAAAACGUUACUUGAGCCACCUUAUGUAGCUGCUUGGAAAGCCUAUGUAGUUCUUUCUGCAUGCAUUUGAAAUUUUAAGAAAUGCUUCAGCAGUGAUGUUUUUCUCCUCAAACAAAUCAUGGCCAGUAGCUAGGUGUUCAAUAGGAAUCUCAGAAUAACAAAUCAGUCAGGGCUCCAGAUUAAUUAACUUGAUUUUUAACUGAAAGAACAUUCUGAGGAAAAAGAUUUACUUUGAAGUAAUAACAAAAAAGGUAAAUGUUAAAAACUCUUCUUGCAGGAAAAAAGAGAAAGAGGCCUUGAUGUGGUCCUCUCAGUGUGCAUGCGUGUGUAUACACACCUGUAUAUUUUCACACUUUGAAUUUGUAUUUAAAGACAUCACAGACAGUGAUGGUGAAAUAAAUUCACUGACCACCUAGACUUUCCAGUCUAGGACUACCGUUGUAGAAAUGACCUGUUGUGCUCUAAAAUAGAAAGAGGUGAUUUGUUUGAAAACAGACAUUCAGCAGGGUAAAAAAGUAUAUUAGAAUGUGAGCUGAGUUCCUUGCAUAUAGGAUCAAAUAUGAGCUUAAAUGAGUCUUUCUAUCCAGUUCCUUCCAUGCCACUGGUGACUUGUCAGAUUUUGUAUUUAGAAUAAUGUUCACACCUCAUAUUUUACCCACAAUUAUUGACAUGUUUCCACUACUUGUUUUACUUGUGGACUGAAUUUUGAUCUGGGUUCUAUUUAAAAGUUUUCUCCUUCAAAGACCUAAGUAGGCAACAUGAAAGGCAAGUCAGUAAGAAAAAAAAAAUUUAUAUACAUAGGCUACUGACCAGAGUUUUCUAUGUAAAGCAUAUAGAGUAUCUUCUGAUUCUAAAAUGAGAAUAACUUCAAAGCAGAUAUUAUAGUAUUUAUGUAGUUUGCAAAAGAAGUUUACAUUUUUUUUUUGCUAUUGUGUUAUAACAUUUAUGUGCAAGAACUACUUGUAAUAAAAGGAUUUGAGAAGUCAUGCUUUUAGAUAUAAUGGCCUAAAAUAGAGAGUAGUAUGGUUUGAAGGUAUAGAUUUCACGAACUGUGUAGUAAGUGGGUCUAUCUGAAGCUUAUA